CUGGAGGCUGAAGGCCUACGUGACGAUGCGAUAAUCGUUGGCGGAGCGUUCAACGCUCAACUUCAUGAGACAGACUUGCUGACGUAUCUAGCCAAAACGCAAAUGGUACAAACGAUAGCCAAAAAGGAUGACACAGGGAAAGUCGAAGCCAUUCAGCAAUAUGACAGACAUGGCAGGAACGUCACGACUGUCGAACGCCAGCGAUUCGAUUUGCAUUCCAUCCAUGACUGGUUUUUCCGACUUGGUCGAGGACAAAUGGUUAAGAAAUACAACGGCGAACUGGCUCCAGUCACAUUCAAGGGUCAAUUGAUGGAACAGAGUGUUUUCUUCCAGGUGAGACGGUGUUGA